AUGGGUCGUAGUGAGGAGCUCAGUGACUUUCAGCGGGGCACUGUUGUCGGAUGCCACCUGUGUAAAAAGUCGGUGCGUGAGAUAUCCGCGCUGUUGAACCUGCCUCGCUCCACUGUGAGCUCCGUGAUUCUGAAGUGGAAACGCGGAGGGAUAACGACGGCUCUGCCCCGGAGCGGCCGACCGCACAAGCUCAAAGAGGAGGACCGCCAAAUGCUGGAGAGAGUCGCGCUGGAGAAGUGUUUGCCCUCGGUGGAAGCUCUCACCACCGAGUUUCAAACUGCCUCUGGGGCCAGUGUGAGCUCCAGGACUGUCCGCCGGGAGCUCCAUGAGAUGGGUUUCCGCGGCCGAGUGUCCACAUACAAUAAGCCUAAAGGAGGGGAAAAGGUGGAAAAGAAGCAGACUUCCUCCAGCCAAGAGGAUCCUAAAGUGGACGUGUCACGUCUGGAUUUACGUGUUGGACGUAUCAUCACAGCCAUGCAGCUUCCAGAGACUGAUAGCCUGUACAUGGAGCACGUGGAUGUGGGAGAGGCUUCUCACAGGACAGUGGUCAGUGAACUGGCUAAGCACAUACCAGUGGACCAGAUGCAGAACCGCAUGGCAGUCCUGCUGUGUAACCAGAAGCCAGCCAAGAUGAGAGGGGUGGUGUCCCAGGCUAUGGUCAUGUGUGCUAGCUCACCAGACAAAGUCGAAAUCCUUGAUCCUCCAGUUGGAGCACUACCAGGGGACAGAGUAACUUUUCAGGGCUGCCCAGGUGAACCAGAUAAAGAGUUGAACCCCAAAAAGAAGAUUUGGGAGCAGAUUCAGCCAGACCUUCGCACGGAUGCCCAGUGUGUUGCAACUUACAAGGGAGCUGCCUUUGAAGUCGUCGGCAAGGGAGUUUGCAAAUCCCAAACCUUGAGCGACAGUGAAAUCAAAUAAACUAACAGCACUGCUCGAAAUAGCUCGGAGCAAAUCCCUGCAGCCAAAAUGUUGUGGAAAGCCUUCCCAGAAGCAUUGGAGGUUGUUGUAGCAACACAGUAAUGCCAAUGAUUGUGGAAUUAGAUGUUCGACAAUCACAUGGGUGUUAUAUUCGAGUGUCCACUGUGAUACUUUUGUAGUGAAAGCCAAGGUAAAUGAUUGUGAGGAGUAUGUUUCCCUCUGUUGGACAGAUAUGAGCAUUACGGUUACAUUUUUUUUAAAUUAUGAAAAUGUGUAGUUUUGAAUUUUACCAACGGGGGGCACUACAGUACCCAUGAUAAUGCACAGUAUGUGUGUGGGGAUUUGUUGAAGUGAGACAUGAGGACAUGCAGCACAUAGUCAUACCGAGCGUGGUAAGAAGAAACGGGGAAAUUCCUCAGCAGAAUCCCAUUUAGUUGGGAAGUAUCUGCUAAGAUAUAGAAGCUUUCCCCUGACGCCAAAGUGGCUGUUUCCACUGAACUGCAAAAAUCCCACUGAAGAAGGGGACAGUUGUAGUUAGUUUUGAAAGUAAUGAGCUCAGAAGGACUUAAUUCACUUCUUGUAUAAGGUCAGUUGUUUGUUCUGCUGGAAAUGAGUCGGCGUGUUCUGUAUCAGUACAUAGCCUGUGGAAAGUUUGUUUGACGGAUGUGUCCUACCUAAUACAGUGUUAUACCAGAGAUCCAGACAGUGUUCUCUUCACGGAUCCUGCUUUUGUUUCCCAGGAAACUGAAUACAGACACUUCUGAAUCUGAGAUUUGGAUGUAAAAAUUUAUAUUAAUUUACUGUUUCUUCACCCAGUAACUUUUGAAACCAUCCUGCUAUUUCAUAUUGUUACUCUGUUCUUUAGAUGUUGUAACAGGUUAGUUAAACUUUAACUUUUAUAUAUCCUACUUCAUGGAACACGGUUCUGUUUCUUCUGCUUCCACCAUGAUUUAUGAUAAGCCUGCUUAUCCCCUAAGAGAAAAUGGGGAAAUGUCUUUUGAAGAGCAAAAAUAAACCAACAUAUUUUGGUUUUAAAAGAAGCUCUCUUUGUGUUUUUUUUCCCCCCUCGGGA